UUUUUCAUCAUUUUAAGCAAAUACCCAAUAAAGAUUAAGAUAGAAGAAGAACAAGAUAGUGGAGGUAAGCAAGUAUUAUAUUUGUACCAGUAAAUAAUAUGACAAGGAGUUGUUAGGCACGUAGCUGGCACAGGGUUGUCUAGAGCCAAAAUUUACACUUGCUGUCUUACCGUGCAUUGACCCGGUAAUGAAGAAAAUCUGAGCAAGGACAAACUGAAAAUUGUAGAGAAGAAGUGGGCUAUUAACAGAAAAGAGCAUUGUCAGAUUUGGGAGAAAAGAUCUUGGAGAGAGGACAGUGGAAAUGAGCGCGUCGAGGUUCAUCAAGUGCGUGACGGUCGGUGAUGGCGCCGUCGGCAAGACCUGCUUGCUGAUUUCCUACACCAGCAACACUUUCCCUACGGACUAUGUGCCAACUGUUUUCGACAAUUUCAGCGCAAAUGUGGUGGUUGAUGGGAGCACAGUCAAUCUGGGUUUAUGGGAUACUGCUGGUCAGGAAGAUUAUAAUCGAUUAAGGCCUUUAAGCUACCGAGGAGCGGAUGUUUUUAUCCUUGCAUUCUCUCUUAUUAGCAAAGCCAGCUAUGAGAAUGUAGCCAAGAAGUGGAUUCCGGAACUCAGGCACUAUGCACCUGGCAUUCCAAUCAUUCUUGUUGGAACAAAACUUGAUCUUCGGGAUGACAAGCAGUUCUUUCUAGACCAUCCUGGUGCUGUGCCAAUCACUACUGCCCAGGGAGAGGAACUAAGGAAAGUGAUUGGAAGCCCUGCCUAUAUCGAGUGUAGUUCAAAAACACAACAGAAUGUGAAGGCAGUUUUUGAUGCAGCAAUAAAGGUGGUGCUUCAGCCUCCUAAGCAAAAGAAGAAGAAGAAGAAAUCACAAAAGGCUUGUUCUAUCUUGUGAUCAAGUAGGGUGUGGAAAAUGGAAGGAUGGCGUGUCAGUAUCUAAUGGACCGCGGUGUAACCUUUUACCUCUUUUCUCUUUUUCUUCAAGGAAGCAGCAAGCAGUGGUGUAUAGUCUCGACUGACCAUCUAGUGAUUUCUUUCAAAGCGUCAGAUGGUUUGUUUAAGGUUUCAUUUUGUGAUCUAUAAUUGAUGACCGGUGUUUCUUGUUUAACACGCACACCUUUUGCCUUCGAUGUUUGAAUUUGUCUCUCCUAUUAACCAGAUGUGAAGAAGAUUCCUAUUGUGAAAGAACCAUUUUGCUGUCAUGAACAUAACUAGAUUAAUGUUAUAUCUCUAUAGUUCUUUGAA